AUGGAGACUGACAAAAAUCCCUAUAAAUGUAGACUUAAUAUUUCUGUGCCGUCUGGAAAGAAGGGACGAUUUCAGAAAAUCGUCUCACCUUUAAUGAAAUGGAUAGAUCCAUCUUUCCAAAUGCUACAAAUAAUGGAUGAUAAUGUAGCUGAGUGGAAGAAUCGUUCUCCCAAAAAUGUUUUACGUCCUUCAUACUGUGAGGAGAAUAUUGUAAUGGUCCCCGCUGUUACUAUCAUGCUGUUCUUGUAUGAGCAUGGUACUAUGUCGGCAGCAAACGUGCAGAACUGUCUGAAGAGGAAACCAUGGAAAUUUCACCACAAAGUGGAGUUACACAGCAAGUGGACACCAGAAAGAGCGGUGGCCGCGCAGGAGUUUUAUGGACUCGCGGACGACAUGCCUUUAUGGUCAGUAUGUCCUGUACACUGUGGAAACGAGCAUUUUCGUAUAUUAUUCCAUGUCCAGAAUUUUCAGAAGAUGAUGGAAUUCUACAGAUGCGUCACCGAUAUGGAGAUCGAAAGUAGCAAGCCGGGAUUCUGUAUAUUUCAAUUGUAUUCACAACCUGGGCUAGAUAUUCAGCUUGCACUGAAACAGUCCAAAAACAUACGACCUUAUCCAGUGCAUAAUGCUUGCCUUACGUUCCAGAUAAAACACAUAGACACAAUUAAGACAUUUCUGGACUGUGAUCUUAUCGAGAUUGGAGACAGGACUUUCCUUGUACAAGAUCCUGAUGGAAAUUAUGUGAUGUUGCAGGAACAGCUCAGCACUGGUGUUACAACGGACUACGAAUCUCGGGAUAUAUUUCAUUGUCAUGACUCACACUCCGGAUCCAAGUUCGAUUUAACGGGAUACUCAAAAAGUCUCCGUAGUUCUUCUGACAGUCAGGAUUCGGGAAGGUGUUCUGAUAGUGAUAUAUGGUCCAGUGAAGUGGAACAUAGCAAAAGUGACAAGAACAACGCUGAUAAAGUGUCAUUCAAUCCAGUUAAUAGGUGUUCCUCUAUUGGGCAGCCCUGUGGCGACAUCAGUAGACAUAACAAUAAUAGUCAAGUACCCGACAAGUAUCGCCAGUGGGAGGGACAAAGUCAAUUAACUUUCGACACCGUAAACAGAAAUAUUAGUGAGUCUAUGCGAAGAGUGGAGGCUCCGGUUUUCAUUUGA